CCAAUCCUCCGACUUCUCAUCCUCACAGCCUCGUCCCAAGCAAGCCAAUAAAACAUCCUCUUCUAUGCGGGUUCUUGGAGAUCGCCACUAUGGGAACAAGUACCGAUGUUAACGGUGGCGUGGCACCGCCUUCAAUCGCCCCGCCAUCGAACAGGAAGCACAAGCAUGCCGAGGCCGCUGUCGCUCAAACAAGCGCUAGCUGCGCUAUCGCAUCCUACGCCGAAUACGACGGCAGUCAUGUCUUUACCCCCUCAAAAAGAGCGCGCAGCAUGAAGCCGGCCUCCCCCACGUCGACCGAGAAACGACUCCGCCGAUUCCGCCCUCAGCCCCCGCAAUCCUUCCACGAGGUCUUCCACCGCGCCACCACCCAGCGCUUCUACGUGCUGUCGCGCACGCGCCACGGCACGCCCGACUGCCCGGAGGAGACGGUCGAGCUGACGGGCUCGACGGGCAACGUCUACACGGUCGAGAUCGCGCGGCAGCCGCGCUGCGACUGCCCGCACGCGCGCGCGGGCAACCAGUGCAAGCACGUGCUGUACGUGCUGGCGCGCGUGCUGCGCGCCCGCUUCGAGCUGGUGUACCAGCUGGCGCUGCUGGCGGAGGAGCUGCGGGAGAUCUUUGCCGGCGCGCCGCCACCGCUGGCGGAAGAUGAUGGUGGGGGUGGUGGUGGUGGCGGCGGUGCGCAAAAUGGGAGGCGCAAGCCGGUGGACGGCGACUGCCCCAUCUGCUUCUGCGAGAUGGAGCCCGCCGGCGGCGAGCCCCUUGUGUGGUGCCGCGCGGCGUGCGGGCAGAAUAUCCACAAGGCCUGCUUCGAGACGUGGGCGGCUACGAAGAGACGGCAGGCUGCUGCUGCUGGCGGCGGCGCGACCGGCGAGGUGACGUGUCCGUACUGUCGGAGCGUGUGGGAGGGGGACGAGGAUAUGGUGAGGAAGAUCGUUAAGGACGGGAAACGGAACGCGGAGGGCUACAUAAACGUGGCGUCGCAGUUGGGCAUCAGCACGCAACGAGACUACAGCACGUACUCACGAUGGUGGUCUGGUCAUCCAGAUAGUUACCGCCGGGGCUAUUAUUGAGCUUGAGAACUGGUGGAUGCAGGGCAGGUCGCAAUGAGUUUAACCGAUGCAACGCCGUCGGGGAAGGACAGCCCAGACAAGCCGUCGCCGCGCUGGACCUUUUUGCUGGAACGACAAAGUUGCUUUACCGUUUUGUGGUCACCGUUGGGGGAUCGCAGGAACUGCAGGUCGAUGGCUCUGUGCGGGAUGUAGUGCUCCCUGCCCGUACUAAACGGGACA